AUGGCUCUCACAGCGCCUUGGUUACCUUCACUGCCCGCUCAAACCGCUGUUCAUGGACUGCAUGAGCAUGAGCGAAGUCCUCUCCCGGCCACGACUGCAGCGCCGUCGAGAGAAUAUGCGGUAGAUAAAAGGCAGUUGGUGCCUGAAAGCAGCCUCAGCUCGGUGUGCGGCUACAUCAACGCAAAUGCAUCCUACCCUGUCAGCUGCUACAAUGCCUACUGUGCCUCCAACUACGUCUUUAGUGCAGUCGGGUGCUGUUCGUCAUACCAAAGCACAUUGACGUCGGAUGUUGUCCUCGACUCGUGCUAUUACAAUGUCGCUUGUAUCGAGGCAGAUCAAUUUGACGGCAACUGUGACGAAAACUGUCAGUCUAAUGACAUGAUACUGAAAUGUACAGAGGGCUCUGCAACAUACUGCAACACCUUCAAUUAUGCUCCCUACAACUACAAGGGUUUCGGCUGCGGAACUUACUUUGGAAGUUGGGAUGUUCAGGAGGGAACUACCACACCGGGGGUGACUAGCUACCCAGACUGGGUGACGACAUUGUGGUCACCUGGGUCCUCCGCAACCGAACUCGCAGCGGUAAACACGAUGACCAAUACGUUUCCCCGAAUAUCCCAAAGCUCCAACGAGCUCGGACACCAUGUGGGUGAGAUUAUGGCUGCUGUGGUCGCUGGGGUAUUCGGCCUCAUCAUCAUCGUUUCGCUCGUCAUGUUUCUCUGCCUCCGUAAGCGAUCGCGUACGCAAGGGCCAGUGAGGCUGAACACAAGGCAGGAGUACGGACAGCCUCUGAUGCAGAAUCAACAGUUUCCUCAAGAACAUUAUCCAGAGGUCGAGGCCAUCGGCAGACCUACUGGUGGCUGA